CGCCGCGGUAGAUUGCACACUGUGCACGUUAAUUAGUCUGUUUCUUUUUCAAAUUGCUUCGAUUAAUUGCUUCUCAGAUAUCGUUCCAAGAUGGCGGACACGAGGAGGUCUGGUUGCGGUGACCUGCGAACUCAGUGUUUCAUCAUCGGAUACAUGAACCUGGUGGCGGCGGUGGUCGACAUAGUGAUCCAUGUUCUGAUUACUGCUAUAGUCUCCGAUGGCUUCGAAUGUGAUAUCAAUCUGAACAGCUUGCGGGCAGUAGAAUGGCCGUGGUUGGAGCCGUUGCUGCUGCUCCUUAACCUGGGCACCCAUGGCUUCUUCCCGUUCCCCAUGACCCUGACCGCCAACAACUUCCACGAGGUCUACAUGAGCAUACCGUCGGUCCCCGUAUGCUACCCUGGCAUGCUGCAUAUCUACCUGGUGGAUGUCCUGAACUUCCUCAUCAAUGUCAUCUGGCUAAAGUUUGUCUUGUCAUUCAUCUCGGCGAUAUACAGGAGAGACCCUGAGUCCAUGAAAAUGUUCUUCUACCUGUCCGCGGUGAAGGGAGUCCUCCAACAGGUCGUGUACAUCAUGUGCCAGCCGUCCUACCAAGCCAGCUUCUCCGUCGAGACUUACUGGUUCUUGAAACUCGUCGACAUAGGCCUCGCUAUAUUGUUCCUGUACAUAAUUAACAACUAUAUCAACGUACUCUACGAAGGUCAGAGGGCAGCUGCCACCGUUGAGGAGCCCCCAUCAUAUAAUGAGUCCCUAAACGAGUCUUCGAAAGCACAGGAAGCGACUGGAAUUAACGUCACUGAUGGUGUAAAGAAAGAUCAGAAAAUCGCAUUUAUUACUGACUGUCCAACUUACGACGUUUACGUAAAGACGGAAGAGUUGAACACUCAGAGUAUUAUUAGAGGUUGAGGAAGUUGAAGUUGUGAAAAGAUAUCUCAGGGUGCACGAUAAAAUGACACUUUUCUUAUGACUAGUAGGUACCCGUAGCAUUAUUAUGGCAGGCGAGUAUCGAGCGACUCAAAGAGCGAAAUUGGCUAAAUGACAACCUUAUUCAUAACAGAUUGAGAGCUCUCAACACACCGCUUUGGCCGGCUCAAAAGGCCUUUACGUGGCCGCCAUUGCCAUUUAAGGAAUCGGGCGCAAUACGCGCGAGUCAAAAUAACUGAAGCUUCACUGA